AAUGGCUCCCCGGAUAUUAUUGCAAAAGGCGUUGAAGUUCCAGAACUAGAUCCAUGCUCAAGCUGUCUUGAGGAUUAUGUGAAAGAUCUUCCGCAAUGCCCUAAGUGUGGAAUAGAAGUUGAACCAAUUGAUUAUUCUGAAUCUAGCUCUAUCCUAGUUCCAAUGCAAAUUUCGCCACAAAUGAGAUGUAGUCAAAGCGAGAAUACAGUAACCUCAGAUACAAUUCAUAGUUUAAAUCUCUUACCAUUUCCAGACAAUACAAAACAGAGUCAAAAAAGACCUAGCGAAGAUACUACUAAAAAUAAAUUAUCUAGUAAAAAAUCAAAACAGAAUAAGGAAAAAGGCGACAAGAAAGAUUCUAAUAUUAUAAAAAAACUUAUUACAGAAUUAAAAUCUAACACCUCUGAACAAAACAAAAUAACUUCUUACCAA